AUGGAGCAGCAUCAGGUGCACGUGUGGGAAAACACGUACCAGAUGGAGCCCAAACACGAACAGAAAUUUCUCCCCUCAAAAGUCACGGAAAUCAUCGAUGAGGUGAUGACGAAAAAGCUGGCCGACAGGUAAAAGAUUGGUCUGGCAUCCUGAUGAAUUUAAGUAUUCCUGCAUGACUGGAAUAUAUGCCAUACCAUCUUCGCCAUGAGAAUGAAAAUGCAAUUUAGAAAUGCCGCAACUCUUGUUCAAAACAGGGAGUACGAUCCAGACAUGGCAAAGACAUGGACUUUGGAGCUGUGCAACGAAAUCAAGGCGGCGGUGAAAGCGCACGGAUCCAUCCCCCGACACAAGAUCAUUUAUGGUGGGGAAAGUUUCACUAGCAGUAUGAUAUCCUACCUCAUGCUAUUGCGGAUUCUACUUGAUAUGACUUCUAUGAGAGGUGCAGCGGGUCUCCUCGUGUUUUGUGUUGAACAUGCAUGUUUGUGUCGCAAGCUAUUUCAGGCAGCAUCUGCUAGUGAAGCUUUUUCCAGAGUGAUACGUUCUGCCAGGUGGUAAUUGGGGAGGCCGCGGGACAGGGGAUGCGGGUCGUGUCGAAGUGUCUGUGGGACGUGAAUGUCGACAACUGGGCAUCGUUCUCCUUCAAAAGCCCUACCAUGUUUGCCGUGGGCAUGGUCUUUGGCUGCUACUACGAAUAAGAGGAACUACGAGUCGUACUAUCAGCACGUAUUACAACCAGGUGAAAAUAGCCACGAUUUUGCUACGAACAAUUCUCCAUCUCCAAAGAUCCAAUGAAAUUGUCAAAAGUACAACUACGUCGGACAACAUCGACCUGAGAAACUACAACAGAACUCAUCUCCCGACGAGGGCAAGAACGCGAAUUCACUUCCUGCACAAGAACUUCUAGCAGAAGGUGAAGAUGAUCAUUUUUACCACACUUCCUCAGACCACUUGAAUAGUAGUACCUCCCACACCAGCACAGGAAAUCGCCAAGAAGACGAGGAACAGUACGACUGUGAGCCGGGUAUGCAAGAACGGAAGAAUCUUCUUUCUUUUCCAUUACGGAAACAGGCGAAGCGACAUCGAUUCGGAAGCGGUUUGCAGUAGAGACUGUGUUGAACAGCUGUGUUUCGUUCUAGGCAAACCUUUCAGGAGGCGGAAGAUGAUUUUGAAAUUGAAACUUGCGGUUUAGAUCAAAAUACCAUCGGAUAGCCUCAGUUUGCUACGACCCCGAGUCUCGGCGGCUGCAGUUUUGUAAAUAAAACGGACGGUUUUCUUCCGACAAGACUGCUGCAGGGCAGCGCAAGCAACAAGACCACCAGCCUCCUACACUACUAAGUUCAAACUUCCCAGUACUAGAUGAGCUACAAUCUGGCGCUCUAUGUAUUCGUUUGUAGAUUGCGAGAGUUGUCACGAAAAAAAAAAAUGCUGCGAAAAAGCAAACCAAUUGUGAUCGCUACUGAAUUAGCAAAAGGAAAAAAAUCCACGAACCGUGCAGCACGAACGAGGACUAUGCUGGGCGAUCGUGUUGUGCACUGCCAAAGAGCCGCAGCCAGCACUAGUUUGAUGAUUUUCGUCGAAG